CCGCCCUCCUCCCGGCAGCGCCCGCGAUUUGAUUUCUCUCUGCUGGCAGCACAGCUCUCAGACAAAGGCUGUGCUCAGCCCUCGCAGCCGGGCUGCAGCUGGGGGCUCGUCCCCGAGGGGACCCCAGACCUGUCCCCAACGCUGCCUGAGCCUGUGCUGCCACUGGGACACGCUGGCUGUGCCCCCACGCACAAGCGUGUACCCACACACACACACAGGCUCCGGCUGCUCCCCACCUCGCUGGGAAGAUCCAGCGGCCGGAUCGAGGCACAUCUUUUGGCAUCGAAAGGAUUAACUCCCCAGGGAGCAGCGGCGGAGGCUGAGCCUGUGCUCCCGCCACGCAUCACCGGCUUCCCAGCCCGCUCGGGAGUUGUGGAGCCAACCUCUCGGAGGCUAAUCCCCCUCACUGCCGGCAGCCGGGGCGGCUGGGAAGAGCGAGAGGGGUUGUUGGGUGCAGGGACAGGAGGGGAAGGGGACAAGGAGGAGUGUACAAACACACACACACACACGCACGCACGCACGCAUGCAUGCACACCCCGCAGACGGCGGGCAGCAGCACUGGAUCGGUAUCUGUUUGCGGGGAGGUCCGUAGGGAGCCAGGAGCUGAAUAAAACAAGCCGGAGCAUCAGGCGAGCAGAUCUGUUGGCUUGCAAAAGUCCUUAAGGAAUCAAGUGGGAGAUGCCGGCAAAAGAAGGUUCUGAAAGCCAGGCUGGCGCGGCCAGGAGCUGCGUGCCGCCGGCUCCGUCACGCACCGGGAGCAGCUGAACUUUGUGGGGUUUGAAUAUACGUUUCUCCUCUGUGGAUGCUCCGGGCAGCGUUACGGGGAGAGUCGCGGCACGGUACCGCACCGCACACCUCGUGCCUGCCGUUACCCAGACCGAGUGCGGGGGACGGCAAAGGGGGGAUUUCUGUCUCUUCAAGGACCAUCACUGGUGAAAAGAAGCUGGAGAAAAGCAAUUUAUCUUUCUUUUCCAGAUGACUGAAAAUACCUACAGGAUCCUGUCUCUCCCACUUUCACCAGCGAGUAGCUUCCGGGAGAGGUGGCUGAGGAACAAAAAUGAUAUCGGUCAAAAUCAUUCCAGCACCUACUUUUUCCCAAGGAACUUCAUGCCCGUAGGGGUUUGCUGCGGGCAUUUCCAGGAGUGAGGACGAUAUACCACGGAUGCAUCCCUACUGGAUCAUGUAAGAAUUUGCAAAUGAGAAACCUACCCCAGCAAGACCGUCUCUGCCCAGUUUGCAGUACAUGGUUUGGUGUAAGCACAGCAAUUCUUGCCUCUUUCUCUCCCUUUUAAAUCUCUUGGGCUUGGAGAUCUCUUUCCUCAUUGCAAUUAUGAUUAUUUGCAACAUCAGUGCCAUCAAAGAUUGGAGCACUUUCCUCUCCCAGAUCCUCCCCAGCGUCAACAAGACUCUGAACUUGGUACAGCAAGUGGAAGCCACCACCAGCUCGGUGGUAAGCGUCCUCCAGGACCCUGAACAGGACAACUACCUGGCCAACAGCCAGUCCAUGAACUCCAGCAACUUCACGGCUGGCCUGGACCACUUGUUCCAGUACUCGUACUCGGACAAUGACCAGCUUUACAAGGAGUACAAACCCCCUCCUCGAGACGCCAUUCCUCUGCCCAAGGCUGUCCUCUACCUUCUCAUGGCAGCCCUGGUGGUGGUGGCGGUGGCAUACGCCAUCGUUGGGCACCUCAUCAAGGACCUCAUUCACGACUUUAUCGACUGGAUCUUCGGCCCCAACCCGGAUGACAACAGCAACAAGAGCGAUGUCAACUGCAUCAGCAACAGCGUCAACGAGAUGAGUGAGAUGCCUCAGGUGCCGCGAUGCCGUGACCGUCAGUCCCAGGAUGUGGUCAUUGCCAUUGGCGAGACCUGCUACCUGCCGCAGCAGACGUGACCGGCAUGGUAGCCGGGCCAGGCAGGAUGGAGCAGCGGGAUGGAGCAGAGGGAUGGAGCAGCGGGAUGGCACGGCAGGACGAUGCAGCAGGACCAGGCGGCAAGAGGAAGGGAUGGGCAGAGCCGGCACCACAGAGCAAAGCCCUCCUCGCCCCGGUUUUGGCAACCUCUAAGGACUUUGUCAGGGUGGGCAGCAUCGCCCCUUCUCCUGGGCUCAUCAGUCCUGCCCUGACAUCUGUCCGUGGGUUUGUGACCUCCCUUUCUUCCCUGUGAAUAGCAAAAAAAAAAAAAGCAAAUGCAAAAUACACCCACCAAAAAAGCACUCAAGAGAAAUGAGUCAGAGAGGAGCCGGGAGGUCCUUCGGUGUGCAGCAGUCCUGGGGAUGCAGUGGUGAAAAGGGCAAAGGACAUGAGGAGGCUGCUUGAGAAAUGGGGGUGUCUGUGUUCCUGGGGACAGACCCAGGAUGCAGCAGGGAGACAGGGGCUGCGGAAAGGCACUGAAAGGUCAGCAGGGGCCAAAUCCAGACUGGUACGUUGAUGACCUGCCCAGGCCAUCACUCCCCCCGCCCUUAGUUUUGCAGCU